AUGUCUGCAGUGACCUGGGGUGCCCUGAGCUACAUCCUGGUGGGAUUCAGGGUGAGGGGCCUUCCAGCUGGUGUGGAGCAAACAGCGGGGUCGGGGAUUGUUGCCCGUCUGCUCCCGCUUCUGGAGGCCCUGUUACCCCAAGGGCUGGUCCGGGAGUUCGUGGCCCAGAACAACACGGUGCAGAUCAAGCAUGUGAUCCAGACCUUGUCUCAGGAGUUUGCCCUGUCUCAGCACCCCCACAGCCGGAAAGGGGGGCUCAUCGGCCUGGCCGCCUGCUCCAUCGCACUGGGCAAGGACUCGGGGCUCUACCUGAAGGAGCUGAUCGAGCCGGUGCUCACCUGCUUCAGCGACGCCGACAGCAGGCUGCGCUACUACGCCUGCGAGGCCCUCUACAACAUCGUCAAGGUGGCCCGCGGCGCCGUGCUGCCCCACUUCAACGUGCUCUUCGACGGGCUCAGCAAGUUGGCUGCUGACCCAGACCCCAAUGUGAAAAGUGGAUCUGAGCUCCUAGACCGCCUCUUAAAGGACAUCGUGACGGAGAGCAACAAGUUCGACCUGGUGGGCUUCAUCCCCUUGUUGCGGGAGAGGAUUUACUCCAACAACCAGUACGCCCGGCAGUUCAUCAUCUCCUGGAUCCUGGUGCUGGAGUCUGUGCCUGACAUUAACCUGCUGGACUACCUGCCGGAGAUCCUGGAUGGGCUCUUCCAGAUCCUGGGCGACAAUGGCAAAGAGAUCCGGAAAAUGUGUGAGGUGGUCCUUGGAGAGUUCCUAAAGGAAACGAAGAAGAACCCCUCGAGUGUUAAGUUUGCGGAGAUGGCCAACAUCCUGGUAAUCCACUGCCAGACCACGGAUGACCUGAUCCAGCUGACGGCCAUGUGCUGGCUGCGGGAGUUCAUCCAGCUGGCCGGCCGCGUCAUGCUGCCCUACUCCUCAGGGAUCCUGACCGCCGUCCUGCCCUGCCUGGCCUACGACGACCGUAAGAGGAAUAUCAAGGAGGUAGCCAACGUCUGCAACCAGAGCCUGAUGAAGCUGGUCACCCCCGAGGACGACGAGCCCGACGAGCCCAGGCCGGCGGUGCAGAAGCAGGCAGGCCCCAGCCCCGAGGGCUGCGCAGCCACGCAGGAGGGGGCAGCCAGCGGAGGGCCUGAUGGUUCCUGCAACUCUAGCUUCAGUAGCGGCAUCAGUGUCUUCACUCCAGCCAGCGCCGAGAGGGCCCCAGUCACCCUCCACCUGGACGGGAUCGUGCAGGUGCUGAACUGCCACCUCAGCGACACGGCCAUCGGCAUGAUGACCAGGAUCGCCGUCCUCAAGUGGCUCUACCACCUGUACAUCAAGACCCCCCGCAAGAUGUCGCGGCACACGGACAGCCUGUUCCCCGUGCUCCUGCAGACGCUGUCGGACGAGUCUGACGAGGUUAUCCUAAAGGAUCUGGAGGUGCUGGCAGAAAUUGCUUCUUCCCCCGCAGGCCAGGCGGAUGACCCAGGCACCCUCGAUGGCCCUGACCUCCGGGUCAGCCACUCGGAGCUCCAGGCACCCACCCCCGGCAGAGCCGGCCUGCUGAACACGCCCGGUACCAAAGGCGUGGAGUGUUCUCCUUCCACCCCGACCAUGAACUCCUACUUUUACAAGUUCAUGAUCAACCUUCUCAAGAGGUUCAGCAGUGAGCGGAAGCUCCUGGAGGUCAGAGGCGCCUUCAUCAUCAGGCAGCUCUGCCUCCUGCUGCACGCAGAGAGCAUCUUCCACUCGAUGGCGGACAUCCUGCUCCGGGAGGAGGACCUCACGUUCGCCUCGACCAUGGUCCACACCCUCAACACCAUCCUGCUGACCUCCACUGAGCUCUUCCAGCUGCGAAACCAACUCAAGGACCUGAAGACCCCGGUAACCCUCACCUGCGCGCUCCAGCCAGCGUCAUUCGUGUGCGCACGGGCGCGGCCAUGCCAGCCCGCCCCUCGGUCCCCAGAGGUUGGCGGGGAGGAGACAAGGAUGCGACCCGAGGCCUCCCAGUCCAGUGUCAAAUACGGGUCCUCUUGGGUGGGCUGCAUCCCAGCUUUCUCUGACUGCGUGGUGUGUGACCUGGAUCAGACAGCUAGUAGAAGACAGAAUUGGCCGCCUCCUCUGAGGAGUGGAGAACUGGGUGGGGACCUGGAGGUCACCGUGGAUUUCCUGACGGAGGUGGACAAGCUGGUGCAGCUGAUCGAGUGCCCCAUCUUCACAUACCUGCGCCUGCAGUUGCUGGACGUGAAGAGCAACCCGUACCUGAUCAAGGCCCUGUAUGGCCUGCUCAUGCUGCUGCCGCAGAGCAGCGCCUUCCAGCUGCUGUCGCACCGGCUGCAGUGCGUCCCCAACCCCGAGCUGCUGCAGACCGAAGACGGUGUGAAGGCAGCACCCAGGUCGCAGAAAGCAGAUUCCCCGGGCAUUGACUACGCGGAGCUGCUGCAGCACUUCGAGCGGGUCCAGAAGCAGCACCUGGACGUGAGACACCAGCGGAGCGGGCGCGGGGACCACCCGGACCGGAGGGCGCUCCUCUGACACCCUGGCGCGGAGACCGGCCCUCGGAGUGGGCUGUGAGCACUGGGGCUCUGCAGGCCUCCUCCCCGCGGCGCCCAGGGCUCUGCCUC